AAUUUUCUUGUUGUUUCUAGAAUUCUAGUUCCUAACUAACUGACUAAUUUCACACUGGUAGGUGAUAGGUUUGGUUUGGUAAAUUUCUGAUUUCUCUUGAAGACGAAUCACGUUUUCCUAAAAACUUUUGUUAGCGCAAGUGAAAAAAUAACGAAAAGAAAAUGAUGCAACCACAAAUUUUGAUUUUGAAAGAGGGCACUGAUUCAUCUCAAGGAAAACCUCAAUUGAUAUCCAACGUCAACGCCUGCCAAAAUGUAGUAGAUGCAGUUCGAACCACAUUGGGACCCAGGGGCAUGGAUAAACUUAUAGUACAGAGAAAUGGAAAAUCUACGAUAUCAAACGACGGAGCAACAAUACUCAAACUACUAGAUAUUGUCCACCCAGCUGCUAAAACUCUAGUAGAUAUCGCCAAAUCUCAAGACGCUGAGGUAGGUGAUGGAACUACAAGUGUAGUACUAUUAGCAGGGGAAUUUUUGAAGCAAAUAAAGCAGUACGUAGAAGAAGGUGUGCAUCCUAGAAUCAUAAUCAAAGCUGUGCGCCAGUCGCUGCAAAUCUGUCUCGAUAAAAUAUCUGAAUUAUCUGUAAAAGUAAACAAGUCCAGUGCUGAGGAGUUCAGAUCAUUACUGGAAAAAUGUGCAGCAACGGCAAUGAGUUCCAAGUUGAUCAAUCAGCAGCGUGCCUUCUUCUCUAAAAUGGUCGUAGAUGCAGUUUUACUGUUGGAUGACUUACUGCCACUAAACAUGAUUGGUAUCAAAAAAGUUCAGGGUGGGGCAUUAGAAGAUUCAAUGUUAGUUGCAGGCGUUGCUUUCAAAAAAACCUUUUCAUAUGCUGGAUUUGAGAUGCAACCCAAAGUUUACAAAAAUUGUAAAAUUGCUCUUCUCAAUAUUGAACUUGAACUCAAAGCUGAAAGGGAUAAUGCAGAAGUAAGAGUGGAUAAUGUUAAGGAAUACCAGAAGAUUGUGGAUGCUGAAUGGAAUAUAUUGUACAAUAAACUACAAAAAAUUCAUGAAUCUGGAGCCAAUGUUGUACUAUCUAAACUACCUAUUGGAGAUGUGGCCACACAGUUCUUUGCAGACAGGUAAUAUUAUUAUAUAGAUUAGGUUACUUU